AUGACGGGGCGGUGGGCAUCCGCCGUGAUGACGGCGGCGCUGCUGCUGGGCACGCUCCCGGCUGCGGCGCCUUCGACGAACCCCACGUUCACAUCCGACCUCCCCGAGCGCCUGGACCUGUACUUCAAGCCCACCGUCGCCGGCACCGUCGCGGUCCUGUCGUGGCAGCAGGGGCACCUGGGCGAGGCGCUCUUCGCCGAUCCCGCGCUCGCGGCGGACCUCUCCGGCGUCGUCACGACGGCAUCCGUGGACCGCGUCAAGGCCAGGGCGGCAGAGCUCGUCGCCGCGCAGAUCACCGCCGGCGCGAACGCGCCCGCGGCGCUCGUCGACGAGGUCUUCGCGGACGUCGCCACAGCUGUCACCGCCUCAACCUGUUGCGCCCCCGACGAGCACGCGUUGAGCCUCCACGCACCGUCCACCAGAGCCGACCCGAUCUCGCUGUACACCGCGCGCAACGGCACGCACCGGUGGUCCCCGGGCUCCACCGCCCCGGCGAUACCGCUGGUGCAGAUGACGCUCACGCUCGGCGAAGCCGGAAACUCGGCGCUCGAUUCCGGCUUGACUUCGUCAAAGCGCUCUGCGAUCCGUUUCGCGAUUGCCGGGUUGGCGCACGUGCCGGUGAGCGCGGUGACGGAGCACGACGCGGCGUCCAUGACGCACGUGUGGACGCCCUCCAUCGUCGUCUCGGACUUGAGCGCGGCAUGGGUGAACGACAACGCGCAGAGGAGGGCGGUUAUUCGCGACGAAUUCGCCGCCGCCGCCGGGUUGCAGCCGGAGACGGUUUCGAUGACGUCUCUCGCGGAGGCGACGGGGUCCACCGCGGGGGCGCCGAAGAUGCGGGCGGCGUUUAGGGUCACGAUAGGCGACGACGUCGCCAGGGUGGCGACGUCCAACGCCAGGUUACGCACGCAGCAGUUCAGGGAUGCGCUGCUGACGCAGAUCAAGGCGACGGGGACGUCCUUCGCCGGCGCGAGUUCGUUGGAGAGCGACCCGGGCGACGGCGUCGUCGUCACCUGCGCGUUUCGCGUCGCCGCGACGACGGACGGCGCGUGGGCGCGGCUCGGGUACGGCGACGGGAUAACCGCGGCGCAGUUGGACGCGAAGAUGGCUGGAUACGGAACCGACGCGGUGAAGGUCUCCGGCGCGGUUCGAGAGUUUCCAAACGGCGGCGCGAUGCCCUCGCUCGUCCCGAUCGCGGACGACGGCGCGAGGUACGUCUACGAUAUCGUCCACGCGCCUGGCGAGGCGAGGCGUUUGAGCCUGUUCGUGACCACCUUCGGCGCCGACGACGUCGCGGGCGAGGGGAGGUUGACGCGGGUUUCGUGGCAUAACCAGGCGCCGGGCGAGAGGCUCAACGUCCUCGUGAUUGACGUCGACGGGACCGGUUGGGCGGGAUCGCAAACGUGGCAGGGUUACGUGGAGGUGAUGACCGCGCCGCCGCCGUCGCCGCCGCCGCCGCCGUCGCCGCCGCCACGCGUCGAGCAGCUUCAGACGGUCAUUUACGACGGAAUCGAGGAUGGAUCGAUUCACCCGCUCGGCACCGUGUUCACGUUUAAGCUUCGAGCCGAGCCCAGCUGCGACGUGUGCGGACUUCCCGUGAUCACGGAGAUGCACGUGAGGACGGCCAAGGAGGUGGCGGGCGUCGCGGAUCACAUGCAGCCGUGGGGGUCGUGGAGGAAAGCUGACAAGACCCGCGAGGGGUACGUGUACACGCACUACCCCAAGGUGAACGGAAUUUACAGGCUGGAGGCGAAGGCUGUCGACGGAGGCUCGGGCGCGACGCUCGAGGACACCACGCCUGUCUCGAGGAGGUACAUCGUCGGCGCGAAGAUCAGCGCGAGCGGCAUCUUCGAUCGGCGGCUGGGCGUCGUGAACAUCCGGUUCACGAUGCCGGUGCCCACGGACAGGCGAAGACCGGAGGAUGUGUUCGACGAGGCUAACCUCGCGAAGCUCGGCCCCGGGACGCUAAAGAUCGAUUGGUUCAACUCCACUCGACUCCGCGUCAUCCUACCGCCCGCGGAGAGAUCCAACUUGUGUAAGACGUGGAGGGACGCGCGCGCGGCAGCGGUGGCGGCGAAUAACACGCCACCGACGAACCUUCGCCUGACCCUCAAGGACGCCGAGGCGUACUUUGCGGCGGAUUCCGGUUUUGAGGUGCUUCGCGACGUCGACGUGAGGAUGGGCGCGACGACGGGCGUCACGCCGGUGACCGUCGCCGGUCCCGCCGUCGUGGGCCAGUGCCAGCCCCUGAGGCUCACCGCCGCGCCCGGGGAUGGCGGCUGGGACGGGACCACGACGUGGCGCCUCUCCAAGACGGAAACCUCCGGGCUCAGCCCGAAGCCCAAGCCCGGCGUGAACGUCGACGCCGUCAGCGCCAUCUUGGCCGCCGCGAACGCCGACCGCGAGCGCACCGUGACCUUCCCGCCGUCCUCGACGGUGUCGGACACCAAGUACGCCUUCCUCGCCGAGCUCACAAACUGCCAGGGGGAGACCUCCAACGCCACGAUUCGCACCGACAGGGUCGCCGGCGUCGUCCCUUACGUCUACCCCGCGUCGGGAACGCUCGACUUUGUCGUGGCGUAUUCGGACCCGUUCGAGGCUGCGUUCGACGUCUCGCUUCCCGAGAGAGGACACAAUUCCGGCGGCGCGUGCGACGUGGACGCGUCAAAGUUAGUGUACGCGUGGCGUAACAUCAGCGCCGGCCGCGCCGAUUGCAUGUACACGGACGAGAAGGACACCGGGAACAGGUACGCGGGGAGCGAGUAUAAACUCGCGCCGAGGGCGGCGCGGAGGACCCUCUCCACGACGCCGUUCUGCCUCGCGAUGGGCAGUCACGUCCUGCAGCUCACCUCCUACUUUGAGGGUGCCGUAAAGGGAACCUCCGAGUCGAUAACUUUCAUCAACGUGCGGGUUAUCAAGUCCCCCGUGCGGGCGUACAUAGCCGGCGGGGCGGGUCCAAGGGCGGUGCAGAAGGGUUCGGUCUUUGACCUCGACGGCUCGAGCUCGACCGACCCGGACCUCGGCAAACCCGGCGCCCCGGGCAACAACCAGACGUUCACGUGGAUCUGCAAGGAGCUGACGGUCGACGACCAGGGCGUGGAGAGCGAGUCUGCGUGCGACGAUCAGCUCGACAAGUUGUUCGAGUCCAAGGGUAAAUUCGUCCGCGGCGUGGGCGAGAAGAUUCGCAUCGGACCGCGGUACAAGUUCACGCUGACGUACCAGAACGCGGGUCUCACUGACUCGUUCUCCACCAUCGUCACCGCCGUGAACGAUCCCGUGCCGGUGGUGAACGUGGCCACCCCGGACCCACCCACGGUGUCCUCCACCGCGCCGCUCCGCUUGAGGGGUUCCGUGAAGAGGGCGACGGGCGCGGGCGAGGGGAAGAUUCGCGUGUCGUGGUCGUCCUCGCCGCCGCUGGACUUCACCGAUGAAAGCCUCUUCGCCACCCCGGUUGAUUCCCCGCAACUCACGAUCAAAGAGAACGUGCUGGUUCCCGGCGAGAAGUACGUCUUCACGCUCAAGGCUAGGCAGGAUGGACAAUCCGCGGACGGUUUCGCGUCCACCGGCGAAGUUUCCGUCGUCGGACCCCCGGACCUAGGGGUCGUGUCCGCGACGCCCGCCGAGGGCGACGCGCUCGACACCGCGUUCACAAUCAAAACCGAGGGCUGGGGCGGCGGGUCCCUGAGGUACACGCUGGGGUACGUCGCGUCGGGCGCGAACGGCCGCGAGGUGGACGUCAAGCUGCUCGUCAGGUCGAGCGCCACCUCCGUCUCGGGCUUGCUCCCAGCGAACGUCUCGAGCGACUUUGUUCGGAUAUUCGCCGAGGCGGAAGCCGCGGACGCCCUCGGCGCCACCGCGCGAGUUGAGGGAACCGUCCGCGUGCGGCCCACGCGCGCGGGGGACGAGACCAAAGCCGCGAGACGGGCGCUGGAGACGGCGAUGAGAGUCGGGGACCCGUCGAUGCGAGCCGCCGCGGUCGUCGCCGCCGUCGCCGCUCUCAACGGCGCCCCAACGGUGAGGGGUGAAACGAGCGAGGACGUCGACGCGAGGCGAGAAAUUCGCGCCGGCGCCAUGAUCGCGGUGGCGGCGGCGGCGACGCGGGCCAUCGAAGACGCCGCGGGCGGCGUCGAGAUCUACCCGGACGCGCUGUCGACGUACGUGUCCGCGAUCGCCGCCGUCGCCGCCGUGCCCCGCGAGGUGUCGAAGUCGACCGCGGAGCUCGGGCUCGACGCCACGACUGGCUUGCUCCGGGCGAGGUCUUCGCGACCCGCGCCCGUCGAGGUGACGUCCGCGGCGGCGGCGACGAUCAGCGGUGCGAUCGACGUGCAUCUCGACUCGACGCUCGUCGAUCGAUCCAAGCCGCCGUCGGGUACGUCGGGUAACGCCACGCUCAACUCGACGGUUAGCCCCGAUGCCUCCGUCGCCGCAAAGAAGGGAGUCGGGUCGAGGCGACGCUCGAGGCACCGCCGUCUGCUGUCGUCCGACGGUAACUCCACGGCGGAUGCGACGCCUCCUCCGGCCCCCACGACGAUCGACGGCGCGCCGGUCAUCGACCCGCUCGUCGCCAAGGCGCUGGACGGGUCUGUGGCGGCGGCGUUUUCGGUGACACGCGGCCAGGCGCCGAACGAGACGGGCGCCGAGCUCGCGGACGUUCACGUCGCGAUUUCGUCGAGACGAUACCACGUGGACGACCUCGAGGCUGACGCGGCGUCGCUCAGGGCCCCGCACGUCUCCGCGGCGACGUACUCGCUCCCAAAGUCCGUCGCCGUCGCCGCGACGCGGGUUGGGACCCACGCGGACGUUUUCCUGUACCGAUGGACCGGGACGGCGCUUCCCUCGGCGACUCGCGUCAUGACGGAUGCGAGCGCGAUUGACGUCGUCUACGCCGACGGAUCUCGUCCCUCUUUCAAGUCGAACGAGGAGAUUUACGCGUCGAUUCCGUUCACGGGCGCCGGGUUGGAGACGUUGGAGAAGGUGAUUUACGAGUACAGGUGCGCGCGGCACUCGGGCGGGGUGUGGCGGACGGACGAGCCCGAGGUGAGGACGGUUUCGGUGACGGAGGCUGACGGCGGGAGCGUGACCUGCGCCGGCCGGGGCAACGCGCUCAUCGGCUACGCGCUCGGCGCGGUCAUCGCGCCCAUCAACUUCACCCUCGUCGCGGACGAAACCAGCAAGGGGUCGACCGCGCAGGGGUACUGGUUCUUCAUGGCGGGGCUCGCCGUGUUCACCGUCUUGCUCAGCGUUUGCUGCCUCCGCAGCGGCAUGCGGCGGUAUCAAGUAAAAAUCGCAAACAAGGAUGACUACGAGAUCACGAACUGACGGACGAGGUCGCGAACUGACGGGCGAGGUCGCGAACUGACGGACUCGCUCUACUAGCUAGCUAGCUCUACGAUAUAGCGACACGACGGAAGGAGCUAAGGAUCCUAAGG